AGCGGAUGUUAUUAUUAUUCACUUCCGGGUGCAACCAAUCGGGCGCCAUCUUGUCUUGUUCGUGAAGAAGUAGAAGCAUCGAAAGGUUUGGAGAGGUAUUACCGGAACGGUGGCGACAACGGUGUUCCGGAACCAGAGUGGGGCAUAAGUAAUCUUGCUGCUAUGCUUCCAAGCUGUAGUCUGAAUCAACCUAAAUUUUAAACAGAAGGUGAACCUCUGAGGUAGAAAAUCAGAUCUAUUUUAAAAGUCAGCAUGUGGGAUCAAGGAGGACAGCCUUGGCAGCAAUGGCCCUUGAACCAGCAACAGUGGAUGCAGUCAUUCCAGCACCAGCAGGAUCCAAGCCAGAUUGACUGGGCUGCGUUGGCUCAAGCUUGGAUUGCCCAAAGAGAAGCCUCAGGGCAGCAGAGUAUGGUAGAACAGCCACCAGGAAUGAUGCCAAAUGGACAGGACAUGUCUACAAUGGAAUCUGGUCCAAACAAUCAUGGGAAUUUCCAAGGGGAUUCAAACUUUAACAGAAUGUGGCAACCAGAAUGGGGAAUGCAUCAGCAGCCCCCACACCCCCCUCCAGAUCAGCCAUGGAUGCCACCAACACCAGGCCCAAUGGACAUUGUUCCUCCUUCCGAAGACAGCAACAGUCAGGACAGUGGGGAAUUUGCCCCUGACAACAGGCAUAUAUUUAACCAGAACAAUCACAACUUUGGUGGACCACCCGAUAAUUUUGCAGUGGGGCCAGUGAACCAGUUUGACUAUCAGCAUGGGGCUGCUUUUGGUCCACCGCAAGGUGGAUUUCAUCCUCCUUAUUGGCAACCAGGACCUCCAGGACCUCCAGCACCUCCCCAGAAUCGAAGAGAAAGGCCAUCAUCAUUCAGGGAUCGGCAGCGAUCACCUAUUGCACUUCCUGUGAAGCAGGAGCCUCCACAAAUUGAUGCAGUAAAACGCAGGACUCUUCCAGCUUGGAUUCGAGAAGGUCUUGAAAAAAUGGAACGUGAAAAGCAAAAGAAGUUGGAGAAAGAAAGAAUGGAGCAACAACGUUCACAGUUGUCCAAAAAAGAAAAGAAGGCCACAGAAGAUGCUGAAGGAGGAGAUGGCCCUCGUUUACCUCAGAGAAGUAAAUUUGAUAGUGAUGAGGAAGAUGAAGACACUGAAAAUGUUGAAGCUGCUAGUAGUGGAAAAGUCACCAGAAGUCCAUCUCCAGUUCCUCAAGAAGAGCAGAGUGAACCAGAGAUGACUGAAGAAGAGAAAGAGUAUCAAAUGAUGUUGCUGACAAAAAUGCUUCUGACCGAAAUUCUACUGGAUGUCACAGAUGAAGAAAUUUAUUAUGUAGCCAAAGAUGCACACCGGAAAGCAACGAAAGCUCCUGCAAAACAGCUGGCACAGUCCAGUGCACUGGCUUCCCUCACUGGACUCGGUGGACUGGGUGGUUAUGGAUCGGGAGACAGUGAAGAUGAGAGGAGUGACAGAGGCUCUGAGUCAUCUGACACUGAUGAUGAGGAAUUACGGCACCGAAUCCGGCAAAAACAGGAAGCUUUUUGGAGAAAAGAAAAAGAACAGCAGCUGUUACAUGAUAAACAGAUGGAAGAAGAAAAGCAGCAAACAGAAAGGGUUACAAAAGAGAUGAAUGAAUUUAUCCAUAAAGAGCAAAAUAGUUUAUCACUACUAGAAGCAAGAGAAGCAGAUGGUGAUGUGGUUAAUGAAAAGAAAAGAACUCCAAAUGAAACUACGUCAGUUUUAGAACCAAAAAAAGAGCAUAAAGAGAAAGAGAAACAAGGAAGGAGUAGAUCAGGAAGUUCUAGUAGUGGUAGUUCCAGUAGCAAUAGCAGAACUAGUAGUACUAGUAGUACUGUCUCUAGCUCUUCAUAUAGUUCUAGCUCAGGUAGUAGUCGCACUUCUUCUCGAUCUUCUUCUCCUAAAAGGAAAAAAAGACAUAGUAGGAGUAGAUCUCCAACAAUUAAAGCUAGACGGAGUAGAAGUAGAAGUUACUCACGCAGAAUAAAAAUAGAGAGCAAUAGGGCUAGAGUAAAGAUUAGAGAUAGGAGGAGAUCUAAUAGAAAUAGCAUUGAAAGGGAAAGACGAAGAAAUCGGAGUCCUUCUCGAGAGAGACGUAGAAGUAGAAGUCGCUCAAGGGAUAGGCGAACCAAUCGGUCCAGUCGCAGUAGGAGUCGAGAUAGGCGUAAAAUUGAUGAUCAACGUGGAAAUCUUAGUGGGAGCAGUCAUAAGCAUAAAGGUGAGGCUAAAGAACAAGAGAGAAAAAAGGAGAGGAGCCGAAGUAUAGAUAAAGAUAGGAAAAAGAAAGACAAAGAAAGGGAACGAGAACAGGAUAAAAGAAAAGAGAAACAAAAAAGGGAAGAAAAAGAUUUUAAGUUCAGUAGUCAGGAUGAUAGGUUAAAAAGGAAACGAGAAAGUGAAAGAACAUUCUCUAGGAGUGGUUCUAUAUCUGUUAAAAUUAUCAGACAUGAUUCUAGACAGGAUAGUAAGAAAAGUACUACCAAAGAUAGCAAAAAACAUUCAGGCUCUGAUUCUAGUGGAAGGAGCAGUUCUGAAUCUCCAGGAAGUAGCAAAGAAAAGAAGGCUAAGAAGCCUAAACAUAGUCGAUCGCGAUCCAUGGAGAAAUCUCAAAGGUCUGGUAAGAAGGCAAGCCGCAAACACAAGUCUAAGUCCCGAUCAAGAUCAACAACCCCUCCCCGUCGUAAACGCUGAGGAAUGAUGUGGCAAGAAUGCCAUGAUGUUUAAAAAAUUCCAUGAGUUUUAAGGGCUUGUCUCAUUAUAGAGGCACAUUGUGGCUGUGUAGGUGAAACCAGAAUCUUUUUUUUUUUUUUUUUUAAUCUGUAAAUAGGUGUACUUUUUCCAAAUGCUGCUCCAAGUUACUUAAUAGGAUUUCUUUGUAUUACAUUUUUUUCAAAAAAAAAUAGUGCUUAAUAAGACUAUAAACAUGCCAUUCUCUUUCAGCUGUAAUGUUCUUAAAAUUAUUCUUGAAUGUACUGUGAUGUCAAUAAAGCUCUUCAGUUCAUUUUUGUUAACCUCUUGCACCUUAAUUUUAUGAUUUUAAUCUAAGGAACGUACUUUUAUAAAAAGGCAGCUGGAAUUUUGUAUAACAGGUUUUAAAGGUACUUCCUCUCAUCUUCCCCAAAGAAAAUGGUUUUAACUUAGUAGUUUGUCAAAGUUUGUAAAUUGUACCCAUGGAUUUUUGUCAAAUUCCAACUUUAAGGGUGUAGAAGAGGGCCAAAAAUAGAUCUUUACUUUUCAUUUGGAAACAUUUGAAAGCUUUCUAAACUUUUCUUCCUAUUUUGAGGAUUUUCAAGUAAUAUAUUUUCUGUGUAUAAAGUAUGGUUUACUUCUUCUGUACAAUGAAAUUGCUGGAAUCAAUCAAGCCAGUGCAUCAUUAGAGUUAUUUAUAAGGAACAAUUGUGUUUGACACUAAUAGUCAAGUCUGGAACUGUAUUCUGCAGUUAUCCACUUCUGUUUUAGAAGCGUAUUUUAAACACUGGGGUAUGACAGAAAUAAGACUCACAAUUCAGUAUAUUUAUUUAUAUUUUUAAAGUGUAAUAUGACCUCAGCUCAGUGGAGGAAUGCUGUAUUAUGCAGGUUUGUGUCAAUUUCAUGACCUUAAAAUGAUUUGGUUUUGUCACUUUCUUACAAUUAUGAUCAGUGAGUGGUCUAGCUAUUUAAGGCAGUCAUAACUUACAAGUAAAAUGAGGCUCUGCAGGCAUUUAAAUGCUCAACUGCUUUCAGGGUCUGUUUUUAUGUGAUUAUUCACUUAUGCCACAAUAGAUACAUCUCUGAAAACAAACGCUUUUACAUUUUAGUUUAAAAAGGAAAAGAACAAGUUCAGGUCACGGAAAAGUUUUAAAGUAAUGCCUUCUUACCAGCAAUAGUUCAUUUUAAAAUAAGCCAGAUUUUUGCCAAGAUCAGUGUUUCUUCAAAAUGAAGGUAGAAAUAGAUUUGUAAGUGUGCUCUUGUACCUCUACAUAGGUUCUUAAAUUUUGAGCAGUUAUGCAUUUAUCUAGAGGAAAUAAAUCAACUGUGAAUAAAUGCAUGUUUACCAAAAUGGUUGUUUUACAGUGCAUUUAGUUCUGAUAUUUAUAAAGUUGAUAUUUCACAGAAUAACUUUUAAAUAGUUUGGAAUUCUAUAUAGUUUAGACAUCAGUCACGUGGAGACAAAAUGAAAAUGUGCAAUAUUUUUUAUGUAGGUGAGCUAACACAAUGUACCUAAUUGCAGAAUUAUCAGAUUAAUUUGUAAUAGAUAAGUUGUAUAACAUUUUCAUAUCUUAAAAUGUUUUUUAGAUCAAUCUUCAGGUGAAAUAAUAUUUUCAAAAUAAAAUUCUACAGAAAAGUUCUGUUGGCUAUGAUAUGCACAUUUUUGGGCAAGACAAAUGACUAGAGCCAAAAAUAGUAUUUGACAGUUUUAUUUACUCUGCCAUAAUAUGCAAGCUUCUUAUUUAAAUCUGUAGAUAUUUUUUAAAACACAGUCAUGAUAUAUGUGAUUAUUAGUAGAUACAUCAGUGUUAUAAUUAGAUAUUUGGGUUUUUCGGGUUUUAUGGAUAAUUUAGAGAAAUCAUCAUUUCACUGACAUGUAAUGAAGUAUGUUUACCUUAGUGGUAAGAUUUUCUGAAAUAGGGCUUCCAUGAUUUGGGAUGUGAAUGCUAACACACAUAAGUUGACUAGAUACUUAAUUUGGUUAUGAAAUCUUCUAAAAUGACACCACCAGAAAAUCAGUAGAUUCGAUUUUUGAGACAAUCAUGGGUCUGAAUUGAUUAAUAAAACUGUCUUGGGUUUCUCUUUUAAAGUAUUUCUAGUGUAUUAAUCAUACUUGUUUUUGUGCAAUGGGGGUUAUACCACACCAUUAAGAGAAUAAAAUGUAAUUUGAAAGAGGGAAUUACAAGAUUUGUUUAAUGAAGGCCCCAAAAUAUAAAUAAAGACUGGUGUGGAAUCUCAGUGUA